UGCGAGUGUGACUACAUUUGGAGCGACAGCCCGCAAAGCGAAGGGCCAGCGGGGAGGGACCGUCGGUCUGAGGAAGGGCAGGGGUACCUCACAUGCCCACUUCGCACAGCGCGCAGUGCAUGAGCGAUGUCUCACCCACCAAGGAACAGAUUUGUCUCCAACCCCUGAUGGUGGACUCUCAGUAAAGGAAGUCUUUAGGUCCGAUGGAUUCUGAAUUUUACUGGAGGAAAGUUUGGCUCCCGUGUUUUGCCUCAGCUGAAGAGUGGAGAAGGAACAACCCGCCUGCUUUCUGCCCCUAAAUGCUUUGCAAUUAUUUAAGGAGAAUCGGCUGAAUCCUUCCGAGGGACAUGGACGCCAUGGAGAACCCAGUCCUGGAGCCCAGGUCAGAGCGGAUCGCUCGUUAUAAAGCAGAGAGGAGGCGAGAACUGGCCGAACGCUACGGCAACGUGGAGGAGCUCCCUACCAAGUGGGUGAGGAGGGAUGGCAAAGAGGCACACGACCCAGCGAGCCAAACCCACAGAGGGGCAGUGAACUCAGAUGGCCUCGGUGAGAGAGUUAACGGCAGGACGCGAGGCGUUACAAAUGGAUUAGAGGGCGACGCUGCCGCAGAGUCCAGCUGCUUGAGAAGGCAGGGUUCCCAGGACUCUGCCAGCAUGCUGAGUGGGGAGGGGUACCCCGUCCCUCUUGGACCCGAUGUCCCGCAGCUCCACACUCGGGUGUCGGUGGGCCAUUUGAAGAGUGCCCUUCUGCAGCAGACUGGGAGCGGAGCGCAGCCUGAGAAAGUUUGCCCUGAUGCCGGGCGAGCCACAUCCUCUCUGGAUCUGGCUGUGAAGCCGGGCUCCGAGGGGGGCCGGCGACGCGCCCGGCGAUACCUCCCCGGCGGGUCAGGUGGCGCUCGCAAGACCAGCGAACGCUUCAGGACGCAGCCGAUCACAGCCAAUGAGAUGGAGGAGAGCAGCGGGCUGUUGGACGCGGAAGAAGAGGAGAGCUGUAAAGCUGACGUGAAAACGGAUGACAGAGCCAAGAUGAGUGUGGCGGCCAAGAUGUCUUUGUUUAAAGAGCUGGAGAAGUCCGCUGCCCCCGAGGCCUCGGCCCUCCUGAAGCCUCGCUCAGGCAGCGUCUGCCAUGAGCGCAGGGUGCGCCGCGGCAACGACCAUCGCUUUCUGACUCAGCCAAUCACCUGCGAGGAAAUUGUGGCAAUCAGCACCCCCAAACCAGCACCACCAGUGGAGUCCCAGUCUGUGCAGGUGGAGUCAGUGGAGGAUGGCGUGGAGGACGAGAGCUGCAAGCUGAGCAUGAGUGAGAAGCUGGCCCUCUUCAACAAACUGUCCCUGCCGGGGAGGCAGGGGGGCAGCCCCGCCGACGGGCCCCCAGAGAGGCGAAGGCAGAAGGGGGCUCGGUACCGCACGCAGCCCAUCACUGUGGAGGAGGUCAGCCUGCUGCAGAAAGGCCCCGUACAGCUUCCUGCCUUCUCUUUGUCUCCUCAUCUGUCCGACAGACAGCAGGCCUCGUCUGUCAACCUAAAGCCCAGCGAGGUGCGCCUCUCCCGGCCGAGGCCCGACAUCGGCCCCGCGCCUGGAGAGCCCGCCGGCCCGACCCAGCAGGGCCUGCAGCGCCACGACUCUGAACCAGGUUUGAGAGGGAUCCUGAAGAAGAGCUGCUCUGGGGGCUCGGAGCGGAGCGGGACGGAGGGAGGUCAGGCGGAGGCGCCGCUCAGCCAUGAACAGAACGGCGGAGGUUGCGAAGAAGCGGGGACGCGAGGGAGGACGGAGAGCACAGAGCCACACAUUAUUGCGCCGCCGCGGAGAGAGAGACGUCAGGCCUCAGGUAGGGAGGGAGGCUCGCUGACCGCCACUCCCUGGAGGCAGAGGGCUCGAACCCGGAGGGAGACCAUCGCCUGCACACCAAUAAGAGCCCUGUCAGAGCAGGAGAAGAAGCCCUGCCAGACUGAGCCGCAGGAGCAGCUGGUUUCCACUGAGGAGCACAGCUCAGAUGCUGCAGAGAGAGCUCAGCAACAUAACGAGGAAGAGACUGUGAGGAAGAUGACAGAUGAAACCCCAGUGAUGGGACACGUUCACGUCACACUGGUCGAUGACUCCGUUAAACUGCAGGAUGCGGCCGACGCCAGCAGGAGUGAGGAGGAGACAGAAACCCUUCCUGUGAACCCUCAGUGCUGGGAACCCGUCUUUGCCUCUGUCUAUUCUAGCAGCACGCCCCAGUAUAUCAUGUGUUUCAAUCAGACAAAUCUGUCCUUUGAGGCGCAAGAAGUCUCCUCUCCCACCAAGAACCCCAUUCAGCCUCAGUGGAGACAGAAGGCGAAGGCGGUCGAGAACGAGCUCCAGAUGGACGAAGAUGAGGGGAUGAACGCUCAACAGGAGAGGAGCGAGCAAGAAGCCGGACGACUGGCCCAGAGAGGUCUUGGAUCUCCAGAAUCGGACAGAAACGACGCCUCUCACAACCAGAAAAACUCCACUGAAGCUCCAGCAUGCACAUAUGAAGCUCCGCAGAGCUCUCCGCUCUCAGUGGCUCCACAUGAGGCGAAGCGGGAGACGCCUGUGGAUGAAUCAAACGCGCCUGACGGAGGUUUCUACAGAGAUCAGAGUCCCUCCUCCGCCUGUGCACCACCACCCUGCGGAGACGUCGUUGCCACAGAGAGCGAGCAGGACCUGGCCGUCCUCUGCCAGACCAACACACCCAUACUGACCUCGGCAGUAGCAGAGCACAGGCGCUCUGUGCGUCCGUCCCGUCGGACUCAGGGCUCCAGAAACCCUCUGAGGGCUCUGGCUGCCAGGGAGGACAUCAGGCAGGACUACAUGGGAGAGAGAGCGAGCACAGCUUCAGAGGAGAGGGUCCAAACAGAGAAGAAGUCCAAGAACUCCUCAGAGUCCCAUCUCACCAGAUCAGAGGACUUCAGCUCCUCACCUGAUGUCAACAAGUCUCAUCCUCCCUUCAGCAGCCUGAUGCUCCUUCACAUCAAAGGUAGGCGGCAUGUCCAGGUGCGUCUGGUGGAGCCCUCAGUGCGGUCGCUGAACAGCGGAGACUGCUUCCUGCUGGUCACUCCGGAGCAUUGCAUCCUGUGGAGCGGGGAGUUUGCCAGCGACCAGGAGAGAGCCAAGGCCUCUGAGCUGGCAUCAUCCAUCCAGAGUCAGAGGGAUCUCGGCUGUCAGGCCUCCCACAUCGUCCACCUGGAGGAGGGGCUGAACUGUGACGGCAGCCUGGCCGAAGACUUCUGGAGUCUCCUAGGAGGAAGGACACAAUACAGAGGAGCGAGCGCUGAAGAGGAGGAUGAGCUCUAUGAACGAGGGGUGGUGGAGUCCAACUGUGUGUACAGGCUGGUGGAGAACAGGCUGGUGCCUCAUGAACAGGCCUGGGCCUCCAUCCCCAGUAUCUCCCUGCUGGGCUCCACUGAGGCCCUGGUGUUUGAUUUCGGCAGUGAGGUGUACCUGUGGUGUGGACAGGAUGUUUCCCUCAGCAGGAGGACUGUUGCUCUCCAGCUGACUCACCAAGUGUGGGCUGGAGCUUAUGACUACAGCAACUGUCGAGUCAAUCCACUGGAUCCCACACAGUGCAACCCGGCCAUACCGCUGAGGGGAGAGGGGCGUCCCAGCUGGGCGUUGUUCGGCUGUGUCUCCGAGCACAGCGAGACGGCUCUGUUCAGGGAGAAGUUCCUGGACUGGACUGGCAGGACUGGAGGCAGGGAGGAAGCUGCUCCGGCAAACGAGGAGACGCAGCCCGUCCCAGUUCAGUCCUCCCAGUCCGUGUCCCCAUCAUCAGACCUCCUGAGCGCCUGUGACGCCAAGGCUCUGGUGGCGGGUCGGUCGCUGGAGGAGGACGCCUUGGUCCGCAACGUGCUGGCCGGGGUGGACGUGCAGAGGGGGCACGGGGUCAUCACGCUAGAGGGAGGAGGUCAGAUGGAGCUGAAAACAGUAGCUGUGGACACCUGGCACGUUCAGGAGUUUGAUGACAGUGAGAUUCUCGUGGAGAGCACGGGACAGCUUCACGAAGGAGACUCCUACGUCAUCCGCUGGACGUACAGCAUCAACGCUGUAGAUAAGAUGAACAGCCCCGAUGAGUGUAGCAGAGCAGCAGCAGGAAAAGAAAACACAGCGUUGUUCCUGUGGAGGGGACGUCACUCCAGUGUCAGUGGACGAGACACCGCUGCCUUCCUGUCCAUCGGGAUGAACGACCACGACGAGUCACAGGUGGUGGUACCUCAGGGGAAGGAGCCUCCCUGUUUCCUGCAGCUUUUCCAGGGAGGCCUGGUCAUCCACAAGGGGAAGCGAGAGGAGGCCACGAAUGCAGAGUGGCGUUUGUUCUGUGUGCGAGGAGAGCUCCCGGAGGAGGGCUCUCUGUUAGAAGUGGACUGCUGCUGUGCAGGGCUGAGGUCCAGGGGCUCUGCUGUUCUCCUCAAUAGCCAGCAGGGGGUGCUGUAUCUCUGGACUGGCUGUAAAGCUCAGACGAGCUCCAGGGAGGUCAGCAGGAGGGCAGUGGAGCGUCUCACUCAAAUGUGUCCACCUGAGCUGGGUCUCAGCCACAGCAGCCCUGUGAAGGUGCAGGUCGUGGAGGAAGGUUCAGAGCCUGCAGACUUCUGGACAGCACUUGGACCAAUGGACAGGAAGGCCUACGACUGCAUGCUGCAAGACCCAGGAAAGUAUAACUUCACGCCUCGCCUCUUCCACCUGAGUGCUGCCUCCGGGAGUUUCCAGGCCAAAGAGCUGCAGAGUCCAACGCGGCUGCCGGGGCUCGUGAUGGUGAUGCCUUUCGUCCAGGAGAGUCUGUACUCAGUACCACAGCCAGCCUUGUUCCUGCUCGACAACCGUCUGGAGGUCUACCUGUGGCAGAGGGGUCAGCCCGAGCAGACCGAGAGCUCGGCUUCGGCCUGGAGCCGCUGGCACAACGAGAGGAGGUGCGCCAUGCAGACGGCGCUGCAGUACUGCAAAGAGAUGAACCCCAGACGCCCACCGCAGGCCUACCUCGUCUACGAGGGGUCAGAGCCUCUCACCUUCACUAAUGUGUUCCCCCGCUGGGAGAAGAGCCCGGGGCCCCACACACAGGGCGACGCAGGGCGGGUGAAGCUGACCUUGGUGCAGGACACCCUGGCCCAGCUCAUGAAGACCCAGUACCCUCUGGAGGAGCUGCUGAGGAGCCCCUUACCUGAAGGUGUGGACCCCCAGCACCUGGAGGUCUACCUGUCUGAUCAAGACUUCCAGACUAUUUUGGAAAUGAAGAGGGAUGAAUACGCCUCUCUGCCGAGCUGGAAGCAAACUGAUCUGAAGAAAAGCAAAGGGCUGCUCUGCUAGACAGCGAGGACAGGUGGAGGCUGGCUGACGCUCCUGCAGCAGGGAUUUCCUCCUCCACUGAGAAGGGAAGACAGCAGGGGGAUAUUUGCACCAUGUUGCUGCACAAAGGACUGCUCACAACGUAAUAAAAACAGGAAAGAAAUUCACUUUUAUUUAUGUCAAAUUAGUAUGAGUGUGUGGACUUUUUAUCAGACAUGGAUUUCUCCGUAGCUAUUGUUCAGAGCAAAGACAAAACACAUUUUCCUAUGAAACUUCAUUUUAUCUGUACAAAUCAGUGAAAGAUAAAAAAAAAAAAGAGAAAGUGUGUGGGGGUGGGGGAAGGACAUCAGUAACAAACUGUGGGAUAAGGAUGAGAAAACAAACGAGUGCUUACAAAAAAAGAUCAAUGCUAAUAAACAAUGUAAACGAGAAAAAACGAAA